GUUGCUUCAAGAGUGGUAUAAAACCUAGAAGUGGAGCAGCAGAGUCACAGUGAGAGGAUGGGAAACUAUCUCCUGAGAGAUCUCAGUUGCCUGGGAAAGAAUAAAAGGAGGAUCAGGAAGGAAAAUCUAGGUGUGAAAAGUAAACGGCAGGAAAUGACCACAUUUGAAGGAGAAACUCAAGACCAAGAUAAGAAAAGUAAAGAAUUUCCAUCUACUUCUACCCAGGACAAUGAGAACAGCAGUGGUUGUGAAGAAGUGUGCUACACCACCAUUAAUCACAAGGUCCUUCGAAGGCCCUCCCUGAAUUCCAAUGAUAAUGGAUAUGAGAAUAUUGACUCUGGUACAAGGACAGUGAGACCCUGUAGAGCAGAGUCAGAAACAGAAUAUGCCUUACUGAGGACUUCGGUUAUUUGCCCUUCUUCCUUGACCCCUGAACAUGACUAUGAAUUUGUGCUUCCAAAAUAAAAUCUUCAACAACAACAUCAUCCUCAAGAAAUGGAGAAGAGACACAACAGCAGGUUUUGUGAGAAGUCUUAAUCUUAGUAGUUCAAAAAACACACAUUCUGGCCAUAGUUUAGAAAUGAUACUAUUUUGCUGGCUUGGGCAACAUGAGGGAAAUCUUCAUGAUCGGAGUGAAGCCAUCUACACUGACCUAAUGACAGAGAGUAUUCUGCUUGUUUGUGCUUGUGUGGCUUGAGGGCAUAGAAAUAAUGACAAAUUUCCCAGAACAACCAUGAUAAACAGUUGUGCAUCCUACAAUAUUUUCCUUCUUCUUGCCAAAUUUCAAGUACCAAUAUAUCCACUUCCAAGGAUCACUUUUAUUUUGAGGUAUAAUCUAGUUAGUCAACUUUUAAAAUAUAAGACUAAUGAACAGAUAUUUUAUAAACCUGAUAUUUAUUUAAAUUUUGUCUUUUCUUUGUACUGGAUAAUUUUUCAUAUUAUUUUGUGAUAAUAGUUCAAGAAUUAGUGGCUAUUUUACACUGGACUUUGUGAGAAGUAGAACUGAAAAUGUCUUAGAAAAAAGAUGAAAUGUUUCAGACAGUUUUCUAUCAUUGUCUUUUCUGUUCAAUUGUAAGUUGGAGGAUUCUGUUUCAAGCUUAGUAAAAU